AAUACCAUUUAUGUGAAAUAAUGGAAUAAAUUUAGUUAAAGUUAAUAAGAAAGUUCCACACAAAUUCAACUUUACCGCUGAAUGAAAGCAGUAACAAAAUCCCAUUGGACAAAAAUAAUGGAAGUUAACAUGAUAGAUAAUAUCAGUGUCAAUAGUAGUUUUGACGGUCACCAAAUAUCCGAGAAUGUCCAUUCCACAUGGAUCAAAGCAGCACAAGUUAUGAGAAGUGUUGUUAUUCCUGUGAUAGCUGGAGUCGGGUUGGUCGGUAACACUCUGUCACUGAUGGUGUUCUUGUCAAAACGUAUGAGAAAAUCACCUUGUUCUGUGUUCCAGGCGGCUCUGGCUAUAGUGGACAAUACUUUCUUGUUUGGUUUGCUGAUAACUUGGAUAGACGGAGAAUGCCAUGCUUUUCUUACAGUUGACUUGGCUUGCCAACUUCUGAUAUUCAUUACAUAUGUGACAAGUUUUCUGAGUGUUUGGUUUAUAGUAGGAUUCACAUGUGAACGGUUUGUUGCUAUUUAUUUUCCACUCAAAUGUAAAUACAUAUGUAACUCAUUUCGGCAAAAGGUCAUUGUAGUAGUUCUAACAUUAACAGCUUUAAUUAUGUAUGAAUUCAGUUUCUGGACAACUGGAAUGGAACAAUGGAAUAGCUCUAUGAAGUGCAACUUUAAAACCGAGCAUUAUAAAUUGUUGAACAUUGUAGUGUGGAUAGAUACUUUUUUGACAAUGGUUAUUCCAUUUAUACUAAUUACUGUGCUAAAUGCAUUGAUAGUAAGAGCCGUUUUCAACAGUCCAGAGAGACAAGAAAGUAUUUCCUUGAGAUCUUUAUCUUCUAACAGUGCUUCAAUGGAAUCAAACGAAAGAAGAAUCAGAACUCGGCAUCUUGAACAAAGAUCUUCACAACAGCCUUAUUCCUCCGCACUUCAGCGAAACGGUUUUGGACAUUUCGGACACAGAUCACAAAUACGAGUGACAAAAAGAUUACUUCUUGUUUCAUCCAUGUUCUUAUUACUGAACCUUCCCUCCCAUAUAAUGAGACUUCACAAUUUGAUUGUUUCUGCAACAUCAAACACUGUCACUAUCACUCCACGUUUUUUCUUCCUUCAAGAACUCACACUUUUGUGGUACUACACAACGUUCAGUUGCAAUUUCUUUUUGUACGUGCUUAAAGGAUACAACUUUAAAGAGACGUUAUUUCACGUUCUCCGCUGUCGAAAAAGCAAGGAAAGUUUCAGAAAGGAAAUGUUAUCAAAAUUCAAAUCUACUACAGGAAACCACGAAACGUUUCAUUAGAUUUAAACUAUGCUGAUCAUGUUUCUGUUGAAAAGAUGUGCUAGAAUAUCAAUUUGAUAUCUGAUUUUCGUGACGUCACUGAUGCCAUCUUUUUGCAUGUCAUGAUUUAUUUUGAAAUGCUUGUAUAAAACAAACAUACCUGAAACAUGUUUCGCAACGUUUAGCCAAUUGGGGAUUUUACC